ACCAAAUCUUUUUCUCAAUUCGCUCGGUGCUCUUGUUGUCCAACAGCGAUUUUUGACUCCUCGCUUGACACCUGAAAGGGGUGGACGAGAUCUUACCAGAAAAACGAAAGAGUGAUUGAUCCUUCUUGCGUGAGACUGUGCGUGUUAGAUCACGAAUUAAGUGUGCGUUGGUAGGGCUAUUCGUGAAUUUUGAGACAUGGCGGGUGCACAAUCAGGUGUUCACGUUGUCCAACUGAAACCCAUCGUUGUGCCAGCGGCCCUCCAAGAAGGCAACAAAUUCGUCAAAUGGGACGAUGAUUCAACUGUAGGAACACCCGUUACGUUACGUGUGGACAAAAAUGGCUUCUUUCUUUACUGGACAGAUCAAAACAACGAAACCGAAUUUCUAGAAAUAUCUUCUAUUAGGGACUCCAGAACAGGAAAGUACUCUAAGACGCCAAGG